UUUGUCUCUCAAGGUGAUUCAUCGGGGACAUGCGGUGACCCAGGCACACCGUCCCACAGCAGCCGAGAUGAGAGUGACUUUCGGAUUCGCAGUAAAGUGCACUUCAGGUGCUCGCUGGGAUAUGAGCUUUUUGGCUCGGCAGAAAGGAUGUGUUUCCCCAACGGCACAUGGUCCGGUUCUCAACCGUCCUGCAAACCGGUGCAGUGUGGUAACCCUGGGACUCCCAGUAACGGACGGGUUUACAGACUAGACGGCACCACCUUCUCACACUCGGUCAUCUAUUCGUGUAUGGACGGCUACCUGUUGAGCGGCUCCACCACACGACAAUGCCAAGCUAACGGCACCUGGUCUGGCACUGCACCCAACUGCACCUUGAUCAACUGCGGAGACCCUGGAGUGCCAGCCAAUGGGCUGAGAUAUGGUGAGGAGUUUACCAUUGGACAAAACAUCACUUUUAUGUGCCAGCCCGGAUACACGAUGGAAACCGAGAGCUUCUCUAUCAUCACUUGUACCGGAAACGGGACCUGGAACGCCCCUGUGCCUUUCUGUAAAGCCGUGACCUGCACAGCUCCUGUUCCCAUCUCAAACGGGCUCCUGGAGGGCCGAGACUUUGAGUGGGGCACCAGCGUGAGUUACAGCUGCUCCCCGGGAUACGAGCUCUCUUUCCCUGCCAUCCUCACCUGUGUGGGCAACGGGACAUGGAGUGGAGAGGUGCCUCAGUGCCUGCCAAAGUUCUGUGGAGAUCCUGGAAUCCCUGGUUUUGGCUCGAGGGAAGGCCGCAGUUUCAUCUUCCAGUCUGAGGUGUCAUUUAGCUGCAUGGCUCCCUACAUCCCAGUGGGCAGCACGACACGCUUCUGCCAGGCUGAUGGCACCUGGAGUGGAUCCCAGCCUCGCUGUAUAGAGCCAACUCGUACCACCUGUGAGAACCCUGGGACGCCCCGCUAUGGCUCUCUCAACAGGACCUUUGGCUUUAAGGUUGGAAGUAUGGUGGCUUUCCAGUGUCAGCCUGGUCACCUUCUGCAGGGCUCCACCACACGUCUCUGCCAGACCGACCUCACCUGGAGUGGGACACAGCCGGAGUGCAUCCCCCACAGUUGUAAACAGCCCGAGAGCCCGGCUCAUGUGGAUGUUGUGGGCAUGGAUCUUCCCUCCUAUGGUUACACGCUCAUCUACACCUGCCAAACCGGCUUCUUUUUGUCUGGAGGGUCUGAGCACCGGGUCUGCCGGUCCGAUGGAACCUGGACUGGGAAGAUGCCUGUGUGUCGAGCGGGCUCCAAACUAUCUGAAAAGCCUAUUAAAACAGUCCCAGGAACGCCGAGUCCGAAGCUAAAUGUUCCUGAUGAUGUAUUUGCUCCUAACUACAUCUGGAAGGGCUCGUACAACUACAAGGGAAGAAAGCAACCAAUGACUUUGAGUAUCACAAGCUUUAAUAAAACCACGGGUAGAGUAAAUGUCACAUUAACAAGCAGCAACAUGGAACUACUGCUUUCAGGUGUGUAUAAGAGCCAUGAAGCACGUCUGAUGCUGCUGGUGUAUCAUGUGAAAGCGUCCUCAUCCACCACACUCAGCAAGAUCAAAGAAGAGCAGUGGACCCUGGAUGGAUUUGUGUCUGCUGAACCAGACGGCUCAACAUACGUCUUUCAAGGCUUUAUACAGGGUAAAGACUUCGGCCAGUUUGGCCUGCAAAGGCUAGGUUUGAACAUGUCAGAAAGUAAUAAUUCGUCAAACCCACCACAUGGUACAAACAGUAGCUCUGUGGCCAUAGCAAUCCUUGUGCCUUUUUUCGCCCUGAUAUUUGCAGGCUUCGGAUUUUAUCUCUACAAGCAGCGGACUACUCCAAAAACCCAGUACACGGGCUGUUCGGUUCACGAGAACAACAACGGACAGGCCGCCUUCGAGAACCCCAUGUACAACACCAACGCGAAGUCCGUGGAAGGCAAAGCCGUCCGGUUCGACCCCAAUCUGAACACAGUCUGCACAAUGGUAUAAUUAGAUCCGCCUGACGCGAUGAGAACAUCUGUGGAUUUUCUUUUUAUUUAAGGGUUUUCGCCUUGUUUUUUUUUAAAUGGAGGUGGAUACAAUCGCAUUACAGUCAUGGACGGAUUUGUCUGAGACUCGCAGAGGAUGUCUAGCACAAACACUGUUGCCCUUCCUCUGGGAUAUAAAGCACACUCUUCAGGAACCGUUUGACCACGCGUGUCCGCCGAGGACAUGUAUGAAAUACGAAACACAUUGUCAUGGGGGAUCUUUUUCUGAAGACUCGCUCUGAAAAGGUUCUUCAUGACGGAAAGCAUGAAGAGAUUCUUCUGCUACCUUAUUCACACUCUGUGAGUGCUUCUUCACAGUGGACUGGGUAUUUUUUUAGGGGAAAGGGAUCUGUAAAUCUACUUGCAUAUAUAUGAGGAGCAUUCACCACCUAUAUUUUUGUGCUAUAUAGGGAAACGCCAACAGAGAAUAUAAAGAGUUUAUAAAGAGAUUCACAUUGACCAACACGUAUUCUCUGACGGUUUUGUACGGUACACAACGUUUUAUUUACAGCUUAUUCAGUCAUUCCUUAGGUUUCGGUUCGUGAUGUCGCCAGUGAUUGGACAUUGAUGCAUUUUGUGAUGUGUGAUGAUGUGUAUGGGCAAAACACGAGAGAAAAAGAGGAUUUUUUUUUUUGUUAUAGAUCUUUGAUAUUCGGUGGGUAUGUCUGUUUAUAAGCACCCAUCUUCAGUAUGGGCCGUAGGACACAUGUCAGCAUUCUGACCUGAAGCCUGCAGAUUCAUUUCUGGUAACACUUAAAGCCUUUAUAUAAUGCAUUGUAGAAGUAUUUUUAUAAUCGUAAGCUGCAUUGUAUGGUAUACAUGACAAACCAUGGAAACUGCUAAUAGUAUAAUGCAUUAUAACGUGCAUUAUGAAUACCUUGAUAAUGCAUUAAACAUACAGGUUUUAAGGGUUACUGAACUUUUCAGUGCUGAAGUGUCAUUGAGCUCCAUUUGUAUUUGGUAGACAAAUUUGAUAUGAUAAUUUGGUCAUUAUAACAACUUGCCAUUCUUAAUAUAUACAAAUUUGUAUAAAAUGAAAUGCACUUGACAUUUAUACAGUAUACUUUUAUAUAUAUAUAUAUAUCUCAGAUUACAUAAAACCAAUGCAUGUUUCUUAUAUUGAUAUAUGGUGGCAUCAUAUCUAUCGUGUACAUAAGGCCCAUGAAACUCUUUUCCAGUUAUGUCUGACCUUGGUGUGUUAACACCAAACACACCCGUAAACUUUUGGUGACUAAGUAAACCGAUGCGGACUUGAUUUUAGAAAUAAAGUGGGUUUGGUUAACCUUAAAAGUAAAAACGCGAAACACACCUAAGAGAUGCGCUAAAUGUGUGGUAUUUGAGGAAAUUACGGUACAAACACAAGCAGGGUCAGACACUAUUGGUCAUGUGUUUCCAGGCCUGCAAGCUGUGAGAUUCAUUCCAGUGCCUUCUGAAGUACUCACCACCACAUGUUCCUAAACAGGCCAUAUGAAAGGAUAUUGAAAAUGAUUAUGUGUCCGUAGAAUGAAUGAGAUAUUACAGAUAUUACAGCUGUUGUGUGUUGCAGACUUCAGGAGGCUAUGCUGACAUCACUGUCCUGGAGGUCCAAAAACUAACAAACCAACAUUUUUUGCAUUCAUGUUUGCACUCAGCCAUAGGGAUCUGCAGUCUUGCACGCCAUUGACCGAUUUAUUUUGUUUUAUUAUUUAUCAGGAUGGUUGUUUUUUUAAUACAUGGCAGAUUUUUUACACAGUGCCUACCAAAAACCAUGUGACCCAGGUCUGCUGCUUCCUCACUUCACUUCUGCCAUAUUUCUUCCCAUUGUUUUAAUUCCUCCCUGCCAGUGAAAUGUGUGGUUAAGAAGUUUUAUCCAACGCCGUGGCCCGUUCCAGACCUUUCGACUUCCUCUGCCAGUCUGAACUUAUUUGCCAACAACAGCUUUUGCUAUACCUGACUGCAAUAAAAGAAAACACACAUUUAUGAUAAAAAAAAGACACUUUUUGAUCAAACAGAAGAAUAUUUGCAGUACAGCUGGGUACUCCUCCCAUGAUAAUGCAUUCAAAAGAGAUAUAAAAAAAAGAGGGUAAAAAAAGAAUAAAAAAGUUUUGUAAAGAAAUAUAUUUUUAUGAAGAAAUUAUUUGUAAAAUGUAUGAAACUAUUAUGUAAAUUUUCAAUGCAAUGUAAGAUUAAAAAGGCUAAUUCCUUUUGUAA